AUGGUUGUGAAUCGUGUACGUGUGCAGUGAUUACGUUCGUGGCCGUGUUUUGUCCCGGAGUGUAGGGCAGAACAUCGCGGUCACUGCGCCUUUCGCGUCCACGCUCCGACAUCCGUUUGCCAAUGAAUCGUCGGCAGUCAUUGGACAAGCCAGGUGAGCAGCAAGGUAUUUUGUCUCCUCCGGGUCCAUUUCUAACACCGAGCCCGUCGCCAUCGAUACCAGCAAGCCCGCGGUUGCAGCCAUCACCUUCACAGUCACCGUUUUCGCAGCAACAGGACAUACUGCUGGUGACAAACAGCACUAUUGGUAAUGUGACUCAGGAGCAAGAUCGCAAAACAGGUGUAGCAGGACGGCGUCAAUCGUUUAGUCAGCAAUCUUCUCUCGUUCAGCAACAGCAAGUACUGAGCAAUAGUACCAGCCCUAAUGCCGGAACAGUGGUGUACCGUCCUAGUCCUACGCAGUCUCCUGCGGGUGCUACGACCUACAGUAUUUCGACGACACCUGGCAAUGAGUUCAAUACGACUCUAGUCGGUUCGAACAACAUUUCACUGAAUAAGAAGGGUCGCAAAUCGUCCUCUGUCGGUGCUAUUCAACAGCAGCAGCAGCAGCAGCAACAACAACAACAACACCACCAUCACCACCUCCUCCAACAGUCACAUGCAGGCCAUGGACAUGGAACAUUGCCCCCCGCCAGUAGCCCGAAAGCGGCGAAAAAAGCAUUGCAACAAAACCAGCAGCAACAGCAGAACGCCUACCAACAGCACCACGCCGCGGUAUCUUUCGUUGGAAGUCCGAUUGCAAGCCCCAGUCCGAUUGCAAGUCCAAACGGUGGUUCGAUACUGCUUACUACCGGAAACGGCUCGGGAGGGAACGUGGCCGCCGGUACAUCCAAUGCGACCAACCUGGGUGGUUCGACACAACUGAGGCCGCCGACACCGCAACCUAUCAUUCAACAGUAUCCUGUUGUGGGCACCGGAAAUCAAAUAGUGCAAAUUUUCCAAGGUUCCCAGUUUGCAAUAACCCAGUCGCAACCUGCCACAGCGGCUACAAUAACACAGCAGCAACAUCAUCAUCAGCUACAGCAGCAAAGCGGCCGCCAUACAACAACAAUCGUAUCCCAGCCAAGUCCCCAGCAGCAACAGCAGCCGCAGCAGCAACAGCAGCAUCAGCUAAACCAAACCAACGUGCAACAGCAUAUACCGUUGCAGGCGAUACAAGCUCAGCAACUGCAUACCAUUCAGCAAUCACCAUCGCACCAGCAACAGUUUGUGCAGCAGCACAUCAUCGCUACGUCCGUUGCAUCGAGCGUGAUACCGUCGUCGGUCGCUUCUACCGCAUGUGUUACUUCUACCGGAGGCUUAGUUAUAACAGGCACCGGUUUACAGAGUUCCCCACCAGCUGGAACUGGAAGUGGUGUCAAUGUUACGAAUGUGAAACAUCACAGCAAAGGACCACAACAAAUACUUCCAAAGCCAGCCACUGUGACGCCCUCAGUGUCCCCGACCUCGUCGACCUCUUCGUCGUCAUCUUCCGCUCCUUCAACGCCCAUGUCAGUGCAUCAUCAUCAUCAGCAAAGCUCUCAUCAAGCGACGGCAUACGUAUCCAGUUACGGUUCUACCCCGGUAGUGCACGGCACGAAGACGAUCGUGACGCAACCGAAAACGGUCACUUCCGUGUCUCUGCCAACUGUAGUAUCGCACCUGCCGGCACAGAUACAAGUCUCUCAAGCGGGCACUGUUGUGAGUGGUGGUGGCGCUACUCAAGUACAUUUCACGACGACCGCCACUCCUCAAUCGCAAGGUUCCGCGCUCAACACGGCGCAAGUUCACGGACAAAUGGUUACCACGACCGGCACACAACCGGCAGGGACACAGCAGCCAGGAGCGCCAACGCCACAAAAUGCCACAGCAACGGCACAAAAUGGGUCGAUCAUACUGCCCACGGGAAACAUCAACGCGCAGCCAUUGCUGCUGAACCAGAUGCCGGUACUGGUGCAGCAGAACACACCGCAGGGAGUACAGCUAAUACUGCGCCCUCCAACACCGCAGCUAGCUGCCCCGAGCUUGGUGAUACACAAUACGAGGCCUCAGUUGCAACAACCUCAGCCACAGCAGGUACUUCGAAUACUGAACGCCAAUGGGACGAUGCAGUUGGCAACCACGCCAACGUUUAUCGUUUCGUCCCAGGGUAAUCUGGUGCAGCAGAACAUAUCCGGACUGAAGACGAACCAAGGUGUGCCGUUAACGCAGCUUCAGGGAUUACAGGGACAGAGGCAACCGCAGCAAAUAACAGCCGCCAUUAACCAACAUCUGCUGAGUCAAGGGGUUGCACAAAUACAGAACCUUCAGUUGAAUGGAAAUUUAGCUCAGAUCCAAAUGCCAAACGGUCUUAAUGGGCAGCUGCUGACGACAUCUCUUCCGGCACAGUUUCAACAGGCGAGCGUCGGUGGUUUUGGAAUUCAAAACCAAAACAUCAACCUAAACCAGCUGGGUAGUGUGAACUUGCAACUUGCCACGACGCCCGCCGGUGCCACCUUUGUGUCCCCUUCUUCCACGCCAGGUGCUGCACCUGGAUCGGCACCGACCGGGGAAAUCGUCGUCAACGCUCAAAACAUCCAAUUUACCACGACCCCGGGAACAGCACCCAAUACAAUUACUGUGAAUGCUCAGGGUACUCCACAGCAAGCGCAACAAACACAACAACAGCAGCAUCAGGCCGGUGGUCAGCAAACCAUGCUGGCCACCGCAACGAUCGAUGGGCAAAUUCAAACAGCUCAGCUUAACCACCACCACCAUGCCGGAACGCCAAUUUUAACGACUGCUUCCGGUCAGCAGGUGAUCGUUACGGACGGUAUAAAGGCUCAAAUACAUGCACAAGCCAUCUCAGCACAGCAGCAGCAGCAGCACCAGCACCAGCACCAGCAACAGCAAAUAUUUAAUCAUCAGAAUGCAACGCUACAGCAACCUAACACUUCGGUGACUAUUCAGCAAUCGAAUCCGGGUCCUCCACCGGCGGCACCAUUGCCAUCCUUGUCGACUACACGAAUUGAGGUAGAAAAACCAAAAAAGGAACGACGCAAUAAGAAGAAAGUGAAACCGAUACAACCACCGGUCGCUACAGCGGCACCGAUGAUUGUUCAACCAAGUACGCCAACCGUUAGUCAAGUGCCAAUUUCUACCAGCACUCCGACGACAACGACCGCUAGCGAGCGGCUAACGUCGCCCAACUCGCCUUCGUCCUACAGUAACACGCACACACCUACGGGGAAGCUGGAUUUAGCGAAUCUGAUGAAAAUCUCCGGUAUCGGCAUCGACGACGAUGAUUUGAUGGACACGGACGAACCACCGCCCUUGCUGGCCACCACUAGUAGUAACCAUCCCACGGCCGGUGUCGAAUAUCCUUCCAACAUUGUGAUACAACAUAAUGAGUCGCAAAAUACUACUACCAGCAAUUCUGUCGGAGGGCCGUCAACAACAGGAGGACAGCCACAUUCUGGCAAGGAUAUCAUGUCGUCCACCUCGAUGGUUUCCUCUGGUGUACAGCCAAUCGCUGGUCAGGUGCUCGUACAAUCUCAGCAACAACAACAACAGCACCAACAGACUGGUCUUGCCACAAAUCAAGCUGGUGCCGGAACCGGAAGUGACAUCAUGAUCACAAUACCCUCAACCGUUGGCUCGGAGAACGUGGAAUUUCCUUACACAAUCUCAAUACCGACCGCUGGUAUGGAUAGAUCACAGGAGAAAAAAGGAUCAUCCGAUCCCGCUCAGCCUGUUCAAGCGACUGCAGGUAUCGCUACCAUGCCGGGACAGCAACAGCAACAGGAUGCACCAUCUUUCAUGAUCACGAUCGAUCCAGCAAGUGACACCAGCUCGGGCCAAGCGUCCUACACCGUUUCAUUACCAAGAUUCGGUAGUGGGCCAAGCGAUGAUUCGAAAGUGGUUAACAUUGCAACCGUCGCGCCUACGGCUAGCGUGCAGACCAUCAGCACCACAACGACGUCUUCGAUGGCCACCUCCAAUGCCGGCAGCAUGCAACAGAGCAAUACGAUAUGUGUGAACAGUUUGAUGAACAAUGUGCUAAACAAUACGCAGGUAACGCCGACACUGCAAAGCCAAAUCAACGAAAUACAGAACCAGCUGAUAGCUGAAGCGCAGCCACAUCUUGUUGCUCCAACUUCGAAACCGUCAAACAGUGUCUUCUCGUCGGUAGCGCCAACAUCUCACCAUCAACAAAUGCUGACGACAUUGGCACCGCUCGGCGGUGGGACAACUGCAGCAUCAGCAUCAUCCGUCGGAACAUCGACGACAACAUCCAUUGUGAUAUCUACAAACAGUAGUAAACUUUUGUCGGUCCCGUCACCCUCUCCCAAGAAAAAAUCCGUCACAAUGACCAGCAGCAGUAGCAGCAACCAGGGCAAUACUACGAUGAGCAAGAAAAAUGGGAAAAAGUUGGAAAAAUCGUUCGACACAAUCGGUACGACCAGUGCGGUACCAACGCAGAUAGGGAAUAUACAAAUUUCACAAGUGGACGGUACAACAGCGAACCAGAACAAAGCCGUCAAGGGUGGCACCAUCAACAACCAAAUACAAAUAACUCCGAUCAUUGACAGCAAGGUGGUGAAUGCGGCGGGCACUCAGUAUCAGAGUUUGGCUCAAAUGCAGACAUCGGUUAGUCAGCCGCAAUCGACCGUCACGAUCCAGAGCCAAGUACAACCACCGCAACAGCAGCAACAACAACAACAACAACAACAGAGUCAUACCAUUCUUUCAUCAAUAGGAGGAACUACAGUUUCGCAGCAUCAACAACUACAGCCGCAACCAUCGCCUGCAGUCCAUUCGAUACCGACUUCGAUACAAUCGAAUGUCAUUGCGGGAGGUGGUGGAGUCGUGUUCACCACACAGCAGCAACAGCCCACCGUUGUAGCAACACCUACAGUACAGCUUAAUCAAACGUCCAUCACGCCAACAACGUUAAUACAGCCGCAGGCAGCUCCACCGCCGCCAGUAGCAACGGCCCAAGGAAUUCUUGCUCAACUGACGGGUAGCUUAAGCUUAUCGUUGGCAGAAAAUGGUCAGCUCAUUCUGAAGCACGACGUAAAUCAACCCCAAACACCUGAAUCGCAAACGAUCCUGCAGGCCAUUCUGUCUGGUGCCUUGGGUAACAUCACGCUGGUAAACGAACCAUCAAAACCGCAACCGGCGCUAGUGAAUAGUAACAGUGCCAUAUCGGCCAACAUUACUCCUAUACAACAACAGUCGCAGCAGCAACAACAACCCGGGCAUCAUCAGAUUGUGGUAUCUGCACAACCGUCACCACAACAACAUAAAAAUGUUGCCACUGUUAGUGGGCAGGUACAGCAGAAAGCGCAGGGCACAACAACAGUAACUAUUCAAACUGGUCAGCAACAGCUUCAACUUCAACAACAACAGCAGCUGCAACAACAACAACUACAACAACAGCAACAGUUACAACAGCAACAUCAGCUACAACAUCAACAACAAUUGCAGCAACAUCAGCAGCAAAUACAACAACAGCAACAACAGUUUGUGCAGCAACAGACGGUUUCGCCAGCAUAUACGUCGCAAUCAUCAAACAUAGCUCCAAACAUGCAACAACAACAACAACACAUGCAAACCGCUGGCAACACCAACAACCAGACUCACUUAGUUCACACGCAACAACAGUCACAGAUGCAAAAUCUGAAGCACGUACGUAAACCGGAAACGAGCAUCGAGCCGGUAUUGAAUCAUCAGCAGUCAUUGCCGACCCAGCCCCAACAACAGCACACGGUUUUAGUCAAUCCGAAUGCACCAAAGCUUGUGGAGCUGCCGAAAGUUGGACCCAAUCAGCAGCUGUUCUCCUUAAACACACUAACCAAUCAGAUUACGCAGUUAAGCCCAGGACAAACGACGGCCGCCCUCGGACCAAUGGAGCGUGUGCUGAUCGUACCUACGGGAAUCAAUGCACAGCAGCUAGCACAAUGCUUGAUGCAGGGCCAAAUACAUUUCAACAACGUUGGCCAAGUGACCCAAUCGAGCGAAACGAGACCUACGCCCACAUUGACACAAUCGCAACAACCCGCUCUCUCUUCCACACCAUCCACCACAACAACUCCGAAGGGUGUUGUUAGCUCACAAAUGACUGUAGAGCAACAGCAGACGAAAAAUCAGUCAUUGAAAGGACAGCAAAGCGUUAUCACUCCGGGAGGAGGUAACACUGGCAAUUCGAAGGUAAUAAACAACAGUGCUAAUGUUAUAAAUUCGAACAAUGUCACCACUGCCACCAGUGCUGGACCGAUUGUAAAGGAAAAACCCAAACGCAAUCGUUCGAAAAAACAGGAUAAAGCACAACCAGCCGCCAGCCCUUCGAAGCCGGCGAUAAUUAAGGUGAACACCACGGCCAGUGGGUUCCCGCCGAGCGUGGUUCUUCAGCCGGGUCAGCAUGCACAGCCAAUACUGGCCGAAGAUGGUACCAAAAUAGGUACAAAAAUAGUAGGUACAGUGAAUCCCAACAAUUUUGUAACGAGCAGUGUGCAACAACAGCAGCAGCAGCAGCAACAACAGCAGCAACAACAACAACAGCAGCAACAACAGCAGCAACAGCAGCAACAGCAACAACAGCAACAACAACAGCAGCAGCAGCAGCAGCAGCAGCAGCAGCAGCAACAGCAGCAGCAGCAGCAACAGCAGCAGCAGCAGCAGCAGCAGCAGCAACAACAACAGCAACUUCAACAUCAACAACAUCAGCAACAGCAGCAUCAGCAAAUAUCUGUACAGCCACCAUUGGUAGCUCAAGUUCAUCCGCAACAGCAUCAAGCGCUAAAAAAUCCUACCACGAUGGCUAUGGUUGUGAAAGGUACUAUUGGAUCAACUACAGUGACGGCAACAACUGCAUCCAACAAUAACAUAACCGUUACAGCGACUGCAGUCAAAAAGGGCAACAGAACGAAUGUCGCACAACAACCACAACAACAACUUCAAAAUCAAGUACCACAACAGCAGAUGCCUCCGUUGGUUAGUGUAAAUUCAAUGGUUCCUGCGUCGGCUUCCCUUAGCAGUAGUUCUCCAAUAGCUGUCGGCACUCCGACUGUAGUACCACGGGUGCAAACAAUUCAGCUGACGCCACAGAAGCAGCAACAUCUAAAAAGUGUACAGCAACAGAUCCAGCAACUAUCGACUAAACUACACAACAAGAACCUUUUGUCCUCACUCUUAAUUCCCGCCGAAUUUGAUCCAUCGAAUCCGAUCCACAACAAACCGCUGCCAUCGAUCAAGAAUUUGCAGUCGAUGUCCGACAAAGAAAUUUGCAACAUACUGCAGCGAUUGUUUAUGGAGCAGCAAAAAAUACUUUCGACUGGCAAGAUUAUUCCAACCAUCCAACCUACCGGACAUACGUUUACCAGCUCCGCCACACAACAGACCCUUCCACCGCCACCUACACCGAUCGUACAGUCUCAUAGUGAUGCAAGUGCAAAUUCCGGUGCCAACAGUGAGCAGAAGUCGCAACAGGCAAUAAUAACACCGAUCACUGUUACGCCUAGCAGUGGUACGGCAAUCUUUCAAGGAGGUGUCGGGAGUGGAACUUCAGUUGCAUCUCCUCAGAUUAUUGGCAAACAUGAGCUGCUGGUUCCUCUGUCUUCAACAACAAAUCCCAACAUGAGUGUCCUAACGUCAUCUGCCACUUCAAGCGUUGCACCAUCAGUAGCGCAUUCGUCGAUGUCCAUCACCAUCACCAGCAGUACCCUACCGAUGCAAAGCGCCGGCAGUGUACAAAAGUUCGGCAAUGCGAAUGUUGCCUUAAAUAAGCAGACUACAACGAUCAUUCCAAUAACCUCAACCUUGCAGCAGCCUCCGUCAUCUGCAGGCUCUAGCUCAGGAGGACAACAAGUUGGGAAAUCGAUUAACUCGCUGACGACGCCUUCGACGGUGGCAUCAGUUGUUAAUAAUGCUAAGAACAUCACCGUAACAGCAGGAACAAUAGUUCCGAAGCACAUUAUGCUGUCCACGACCGGUGCUCAAUCACAGACCAACACUGCUGUGAUGCCUCCGUUACAUACACUUGUACCGACGUCACAGCAACAAGUGAAUGCGUCCGGAUCUCUGAUCAACAAACUGGACAUGAGCGGUAGUAGCGCAAUCGUAAACCAUCAGCAAUCGAUUACAAUGAAUCAGAUGCCGACAGUGGCCGCGCUAACUAGUACGAAUCGUUCCAACACUCCCGUUCCACCGCCACUUGUUGCAACGGCACUUCCCGGUGGUAGUCAACUGAAAACGUUGUCCGGAGCUGCUGGUCAUGGUAACUCUUCGAUUGUAAUCGUUGGUGGAUCACAUGCGAUUCUGAGCGGUUCACCUCAGAUGAUUGCACAAACUGCAGCAAGAAUUCAACAGCAACAACAGCAACAACAACAACAGCAGCAGCAGCAGCAGCAGCAGCAACUGCAUCAACAGCAACAACAACAACAACAACAAAUGCAAGUUCAAGGAGGCAGCAUGCUCAUAACGAGUGGUAGUAUGACUUCAACUCCGGUAUCAGGAACCACAACAUCCAUCUCCUCACCUGCAAUGGCGGCAAUUGCACCGUUGCGUCCGUCUGUGCCACCAGCAGUAUCUGCCAUAACGUCUACAUUACCACCUCCGUUGGUUCCGUCCAGCAGUAGCGGCACAAUACCAUUUAGUCCUGGUGGUAUUAGCGGUAGCGUCUCUUCACUGGCCAUCAACAACGGUACCAGCAGUGCAUCAGUGGCGGCAACAAACACAUCAUCGCCCCCGAUAACAUCAAUGGCAACAGUUGCGGCUUUUACUACCACAACAACCACGGCCAGUGCUCUCUCGUCGGCCGUAGUAGCUGCUUCGACAAUGAACAAUAAUUCCACCAAUCCAGCCGUAAUCAUUGCAGCUCCUGCGGGUACUUCUCCAUCUACCCCGAUGACGUACAUUACGACAAACGUACCAAACAGUCCUGCCGUUAAAGUACCCCGUGCAAGUUUGUUUGAGAUCCAGAUACAGAAAGAUCAGGAUGCUUGCACUAAACCGGACACUAACACGCCGUUCGGUAGCAAACAGGAUGCCAUUAAACGAUUGAUACGCUACCACUGUAUGUACGAGGAGAAGUGUGAGGAAAAUGAGGAGGAAGAAUUACAGUUUGAAACGACGGCUGAAUGGUUCCCUGAAGCGUUCCGGACGAUGCUCAGUCGAUAUCAACGGUUGAUGAUAAAUGAAUCGAUGCGCGAAGUACGCACCUCGGAAUUGAUGCUGGUGAACAAGUUAUUCAAGGCAGACAUAACACAAGAGAUCGAAGAAAUGCAAGAACAUCUCCGAGAAACUGAAAGUCUUGCCGUAACGUCAAAGGACGGUGUGGAGGACGUGAUAUGUGUUUCAUCAUCCGACGAAGAUAAACCCAAAUGCAAAGAGGUGUCCUCUGCGCAACAAGAAAGACAAUCGCCAAUGCUACCACUUACGUUACCAGAAGCUUCCGCUAACAGUAUGUGUGGCGGGUCAAGCAAAACCGACCCGUCGAGCGGUGGUGCGAUCAUUACAUCGGAUUCUUCAAUUUCCGUUAAUGGACCACCAAAUGCGAACGACGCUAGCUUGGCGGACACGGUACGAUCAAGUGCAUUAGCGAGUGGUGAAACAUCGCUCCAGAGCACAUUCUCGAAGAGCAAUAUUAACAUGCAGAAUUGUUCCAUGCAGCCUACACUUGUAAAACAAGAAACAGUGAAUCGAAACAAUACCAGUGUUCGGACGCCUUGGUGUGAUGCGUUCAAAAAGAAUACACGGCCAUUGACAAAUAGUUACGAUGAUAUCGAAAGCGAAAUCACACCAAGCUUCAUUAUGAAGAAGUCUGAAGCGGGUGUGAAUGAAGAAAAGAAGCGUGACAAUGCAAGUUUACCUUAUCACGGUUCCUCGUCGUCGUCAGCAAUGGUAACAUCUACGGCGCCACCAACGUUGCGUUAUUUCAAUCAAGUACACUUACCAACGGAGCAGAAGAAUUGUGUAAUGGAGAGUUCGAGAAUCGAUAACAAUGCUCAACCAUUGUCGUGUGAGUCUGGCUCAUCCAUUGUAACAUCCCAACUCACCUCUGCAAAGCAGCAGCAGCAGCAGCAGCAGUCGGUGGAUCAGAAUGAAACGGCAUAUGAUGAGUGGAUGUGCUUCCAAAAAGAUCUUAGCUACUUUACCGGAAGCAGCGAUGGCAAUGGCACGAACGAAGCUGAGAGUGGAGGCGUGCGAAUCGGAGGCACUAACGUAAUUUCCAAUCUUAGCAUCGAUACCACAGGUCGAAGGAAAAUAACAGAAGAAGAGAUCCACGAAAUGUUCAAUUCGAACGAUUCCAAAAGCGUCGAUAAGCAGUUGGAACAACUGUUUAACUCGACAACUGACGAGAAACCAUCGUCAGCAGUUUCUCGUGUCGAUUCUCCACUGACUGAAUUUUUCAACCAUCAGCGCAGCGCUGUAGUAACGGGCAGUGCGGAAGUUUGCGGAGGAGGUCCAACAACGAAAAGUGUCGAAACGCGACUAGAUGCACUAUUUGGAGGUUGUGAGACUCUUUCACGCCAUGGCAGCGGUGCAUCCGCUACCGAAACGAGGACGUCCGUAAUGAACGAGAAAGCGGACGAUCUGAUGACUGGUCGUCAUUGGUCGUCUGCCGUGUUUCAGCCGUCGCAAGAGGAGGAGGAAUCAACUUCCGAUUCGUUCCUGCACAAAACAUCGUCCACCAACUUUGAAGUUCUUCAUCAGCAGCAGCAGCAGCAUCAGCAUUCCUCCAGCAGUGGGACACAGAAACGCCAUUGGACGGGUGCAGUAUCGGGUGGAGGUAACUCUGUUGGGAUGUUGUAUUCUUCGGAAACGUCGGAAAAUGAAUCGAUAACUCCGAGUAAGCGACAGUGUAUGUCGCUCGGUAGCAACGAAAAACAGCUCGACGAUAGUAACCGUGGCAAUGUGAAGAGUGACGAUCAUCGUUGGUUGAUGGAGUGCACCGGAAACAGUGAUCCUCCCAGUACGACAACAUCAAAUCCAAUGCAGUCCUUGGGUGCAGUCGGCUCGAACGGUACGAUUCAGAAGUCCGCUCAAGGUAACGAUCACAUUCUUGUAAACAAUGGUAGUAACAACAGCAUUGGUAGUACCGAUAUUAAUAUUGGCUGUGGCGCAAUAGUAACUAGUGGUGGUGGUGGUGGUGGUGCUGGUGGCAAUUGUAGAGCAAUUAGUUCUGGUGGGGUUAUUAUUGGUAACUGUAGAAAUGGUUCCAACGGCAAUCCGCUGGUCGGCCAGGUUGAUAGUGAAGACGAUGGGCUGUCAACAGCAACUAACAUUAUCAUGAUGGGUAGAACGACCAACAAUAACAACCACAACAAUAACAAUAACAAUAUCAAUCAUCAUCCUCAUCAUCAUCAUCAACAUCACGGCGUGUCGAAACGCACGUCGUGGAACGGUGACAUCCUACUGGCAUCAGCCACGGCAGAAGACGUCGACCAUCAUCAUGGGAGCGUGCUAGAUAUGCUUGAAACUAAUCUUAGUCUAAGCCUAAACAAUCUUAACAGCAUCUGUAGCUCGGGCAUACUGGAUAAUGGUGAUCCGAGUGAAACGGAUUCAAUUCCCCAUCACCAUGCGCAUCAUGGACAGCAGCAAGAGGAACAGCUUCAUCAUCAUCAGCAACAGUCGCAGCACCAACAGUCGCACCUUUUGCAUCAUAAUCACAUAUCGCACAAUCACAUUUCCCAUAAUCUGCAUCAUCACAACAACCACAACCAUCAUCCACACCAUCACAUGCAUCCGGUAGUAGUGGACGAGGGGACACCCAGUGUCCCCAAUGCAGUGAUCGGUGAUGGACGGAAAGGGGAUAAGAAUUGCUUCAGCGAAGCCAACGACAUGGAGCACGGUCCAAAUGCAGGCUCCAUUCCCGGAGAUGAUGGAACUAGUCUUAUCCUAUGUGGUGAUGAUGGAGUUGGUGGUAGUAGUAGCACCCGUCUUAACAGUAACAAUGAUCACAAUAAAAUCAACUAUCUCGAUCGCGAUCUUCUAGGCUUGGACCCGUCGGAACAUCAUGCUUCCCAUCAUCAGCACGCUAUUGAUGAGAGCAGUAGAACGCCGGUGAUCAAUUCGGUGCACACACACCAUCCGCAUAAUCCUGGGUCGGGAAGCGUUAUGAAUGGGCCAAUAGCGCUUGGAGGUAAAGAUUCACUUCACAUACCAUCGAGCAUGAUGGGAGAUGAAGAAACAUCGUUCCAUGAGCAUCACCAUCAACAGCAAGAUCAGCAACAGCAACAACAACAGCAUCAUCACCACCAACAUCAUCAUCAGCACCAUCAGCAAGCAAUUCACGAUCUUCACCAGUUCAAUCAUAUCUCGUUUGACACGAUGGGUGUGCCGAACUUUGAGGAAGACAUUAGCCGGCAGGUGCAGAAUGCGAUCGACAGUAUCUUGAACCUACAGGCAAACGAAACGGACGGUUCCUUGCACUACUCGCUCGAUCAUUCCUUCCUUCCCGAUAGUCCGCUAGGAAGCUCGGUGAAUCCAUCGCCAUUGGGUUCGAUGCACCAUCAGCAACCGGAUGCAUCGCUCUCGAACCAUCAUCCAACGACCCAUCUACAGUCACAUUCACAGCAUCAGCCGCAACACCAUCGUCAAUCGUCGUCAAUAUCAGCCGUCCAGCAACAGCAGCAGCAGCAGCAGCAGCACGUUGGCAUGAAACGGAAAUAUCCCACUGACUGUCCAUCGCCCAUGGUUGGUGUAUCACCCGACGACGGCAGUCCGAUGGGUCCGGGCAGCAGUGGCAGCAGCAACAGUAAUAACAGUACCAUCAGCAGCCUGAGCAGCAGUAACACCACCGGUAGUACGGUAAGCUCUGGCAGUAGUGGUAGUUUGCUCGGUGUGACGAAUCAUCACUUUGGGGUGAACGCUUCCGAUGGUGAUCCGUUGAAGACGAUCAUAAAAUCUUGACAAUUUUCCAUCGUCGGCUAAGCGAU